UGCUGUGUCCGGCACCCAACGCGCCCCCCCUGCCCCCAGCGCCGCCCGGGGGACAGAAACAGCCUUGGCAAGCACUUGGAACUGGGUUCUGAAGAAUAAAAGUACUUCUGCAAUAAAGGUUUUUACAAAAGGAGUUCUAUAGAAAUGAAGGCCACCGGUCACACUCCGCAUCGCGGUUCUUCUGGACUGGAUUCCCCCAGGGCAAAUCAAUCGCUUGCGAAAGCAGAUAAACCCUGGACUAAAGGACAAGAGGAAGACGGAGUGUCCAAAAAGGGCAACAAGAAAACAAAACAAACCGCUGAAAAGCCUCCACGAUGCAGAUCUGAGGGAAGAAGCAAACAGAGAAAUAACUCAAUAAGCGUUAAGAAGAGCAAGAAUGUCAGCCUUUCAACUUCGUCUACAUUGUCAUCCAAUAGCGCCGCUGUCAUCACAAAAGCAAUUACUGGAACGCUUCCUCUACAGCAGCAAAUGCACUUUGUCAAUGUCGAGGCCCAGCAUCUGCAAAAUGAAAACAAGCAAUCUGAGAGCGCAAAACAUCUGGAGGUCGCGCUGCUGCGAGUGGAGCGCGGAGGACUCGGAAAUCAGCUGGGGUGCCCCAGGGAAGAGCUGGUGGGGCAGAAACCCGGGAACACGGAGGAGCUACUGAAACAGUCCCAGCAGGAGCUGCUGUGGCUGCAGAGACAGCUGUGCAUCCGCGCCGGGGACGCCGCGGGGCCUUGGGCGGCCGGCAAGCUUGGAAAUGCUCCAUCAUGUCUGCAGGCUGCAACAUCACAGAAAAUAUUUGAUCAGACCCAGUUUUUAGAAGACACACAGAGUUCGAAGUCUCAUGUCACCACCUUAAAUCAAGAGCAUCAUCACUGGCAGUUUUUAGGAAAUGAACUGAAGGAUGCUGUGCAAGAGAAGAAUCGCCUGAGCCUUCAGUAUGCGAGUGUGUCCCACCGAGCUCUGCAGUGUGACCAGGUAAAAUCAGACUAUGUCCAUCUUAGAGAGACCCUUCUCAGAGUGACCAAAGAACGAGAUUUGGCUCUAAAGGGAAAACACCAGCUCCAAGCCAAGCUGGAGAACCUAGAGCAGGUCCUAAAGCAUAUGCGAGAGGCUGCUGAACGGCGGCAACAGCUGGAGUUGGAGCAUGAGCAAGCCUUGGCUGUUCUCAACGCCAAACAGCAGGAAAUCGAGCUCCUGCAGAAGGCUCAGGUUGAAGCUAAGAAGGAACAUGAAGGAGCAGUUCAAUUGCUAGAGAACACCUUGGACAGCAUGCAGGCCAAGGUCCGAGAGCUGGAGGAGAAAUGCCGGACCCAGAGCGAACAGUUUAACCUCUUGUCCAGAGAGCUGGAGAAGUUCCGACAGCAGGCGGGGAAGAUCGAUCUCCUGAGCAGCAACUCGGUGGCAUCCUCAGAUAUCUCUGGUUCUCCUGGUAAAUCUCUGUCGCAGUUAAUGAAUGGAAUAGCCACUUCUAUAGGUAAAGGUCAUGAAAGUCCUUCUGGAAGUCGUUGUGUGAUCUCAGAGUUUAUACGACCCCUUCAGAUAUCUGGAGACAAACCAGAACAGUUGUCUGUCAAACCUACAUUCCUGUCCAAGUCAAGAUCUGGUACCCCAAGAUGCAGAUUUGAUUCAGACAUGGAUAAUGAUCAGAAUUCCAAUACCUCAAAGCAGAGAUAUUCUGGGAAAGUCCAUCUUUGCAUUGCCCGUUAUAGUUACAACCCUUUCGAUGGACCAAAUGAAAAUCCAGAAGCAGAACUCCCCCUUACGGCAGGAAAGUACCUUUAUGUGUAUGGAGAUAUGGAUGAAGAUGGCUUUUACGAAGGAGAACUUCUAGAUGGACAGAGAGGACUAGUCCCUUCAAAUUUUGUGGAUUUUGUUCAAGACAAUGAGACCCGGUUGUCAAGCACAUUAAGCAGCGAACAAGAUCAGAAUUUUAUCAACCAUUCGGGUCCUACUUUGGAAGCAGAUCUCUUGGAGAUAAGUCCACCAAGUCACAUAGACUCUAGUGUAAUCACCAAUGGUUCAGGGACUCUGGAUGUAAACAUUGAUGAAAUUGGAGAAGACAUUGUGCCUUAUCCUAGAAAAAUCACCCUUAUUAAACAACUAGCCAAAAGUGUCAUUGUGGGCUGGGAGCCACCGGUAGUGCCACCCGGAUGGGGAACGAUUAGCAGCUAUAAUGUUCUGGUUGACAAGGAAAUACGGAUGAACAUAGCCUUGGGAAGCAGAACGAAAGCUCUUAUAGAAAAGCUUAACAUUUCUACUUGUACAUACCGAAUAUCAAUUCAGAGCAUCACAAACAAGGGUAACUCAGAUGAACUGCAGUGCACUUUGUUAGUCGGGAAGGAUGUCAUAGUAGCCCCCUCUAAUCUUAAAGUGGACAAUAUAACCCAGAUUUCUGCUGAGCUGUCUUGGCUCCCUACAAAUAGUAAUUACAGUCAUGUGAUCUUUCUUAAUGAAGAGGAAUUCGACAUCGUCAAGGCUGCUAGCUACAAGUACCACUUUUUUAAUUUGAAGCCCAAUAUGGCCUACAAGGUGAAGGUCAUGGCGAAGCCCCAUCAGAUGCCCUGGCAGCUUCCCCUGGAACAACGAGAGAAAAAGGAAGCCUUUGUGGAAUUUUCUACUUUGCCAGCAGGUCCUCCAGCUCCCCCUCAAGAUGUGAUUGUACGGGCUGGGUCCACCCCAGCAACUGUACAGGUGUCCUGGAAACCACCAACUCUGACAGCAACAGGGACGUCCCAUGGUGCCACUGUCACCGGCUACGGCGUCUACGCGAGAGGUCAACGGGUGGCCGAGGUGAUCUUUCCAACAGCCGAGAACACACUGGUGGAGUUAGUCAGACUAAGGAGUUUGGAAGCAAAGGAAGUUACAGUCCGAACGCUCUCUGCGCAAGGGGAAUCAGUGGACUCUUCUGUUGCUGCCAUUCCAUCCGACUUACUGGUGCCUCCAACCCCUCAGCCCAGAACUGCUCCCAAAUCUAAGCCAUUAGCAAGUGCCGGAGCCCCAGAAACCAAAGAAGAACAUUUAGGUCCACAUUUGAAAAUGGAUGAGUCGUGGGAGCAGACUCGUUCGGCAUCCCCCGUUCAUGGACACACGCUCGAGCCACCCGCGCCCAACUUCCACGGCCCACUCCAGGGGAGGAGGUCGCCGUCACCCAACCGAAUCCUCCCGCAGCCUCAAGGCACACCCGUCCCGAACACCGUCGCAAAAGCCAUGGCAAGAGAAGCUGCGCAACGCGUUGCAGAGAGCAACAGGAUGGAGAGGAGGAGUGUUUUUAUCGAAAGGAGCAAUGCAGCCCAGUAUGUGAACUCAGAUGAUGAGGAGGAUGGCUACGAUUCCCCCAACGUCAAGAGAAGAGGGGCUUCGGUUGAUGAUUUCCUGAAAGGUUCAGAACUUGGAAAGCAACCGCACUAUUGCCACGGUGAGGAGUACCACACCGAGAGCAGCAGGGGCUCCGACCUGUCGGAUAUUAUGGAGGAGGAUGAGGAGGAGCUGUACUCGGAGAUGCAGCUGGAGGAUGGAGGAAGGCGCCGAGUCAGCGUGUCCUCGCACAACGCGCUGAAGGAGUGCGAUAAGAAUAAGACCACUGAAGCCACUUUUUUGGAACAGCCUGACUUUUCACAGCAGAUACAUCACAGUAAAAAGCUUUUCAGUAUUCCAGAAGUAGCUGAAGAGGAUGGUGAAUACUCUGAGCUGCUGUACAAGCAGGGUUUAGGUAUGCCCUAUAAAAAGCACCCCACAAUAGCUAGAGACUCUAGACCACCUAGGCCCUACAAUCAAGACCAGCAGCACAACUUCUGGUACCCAGCCAAGCACAGAAUUUCAGGCCUGGAGGAUUUUGCCGCAGACGACAAAGGAUGUAAAUAUAGCCGGUCCUUAUCGAGGAGCCCGGACAGUGGACUGGACUGUGGAAGCGAAGAAGAAGAAUCUCGGUUUAAUUUCAGAUACAGCUGCGAUGCGGUCUCUGCCAGCGUUGCCUCCAGCUGUUGUGCAGAGGCCAGCGCCUGUUCCUGCAGGAGGAGCGCGAGGCCCCUGCUGGCGCGCAGGAAAACCCUGACCAGACAAACCAGCAUCGAGGAAGAUUUUGGUGACUUGGGUCCUUCCUUGGGAGAGCCCAGGACUGAACAGGUCAAGCCCAGUUACGAGAAAAAGUAUGAGGCUCAGAAAUACACUAGGACAGAUAAUUUGGCUAAUGAAGAUAUUCAGGGAGGCUGGAAGACCGACUCAAAGCUGGCUGACUCUAGGGCAAAGCCAUCCCACAGAGACGCAGAAGACUCUCUGCUUUUAGGUAACCCGUCAUCCGCAGGACGGCCCGACAGGGCAGAUCACGCAGGGCGAAGGUCCUCCCAUGGCAGUGCAGUGCCACAAAGGUCUCGGCCAAUGUUGGUCCCUUCCAUUGAUGGCUAUGGUGGUCAUGACCAUCUCUCUCCAGAUAUGUACGAAGAAUCAGAAACAGACCCUGGCACAGAGGAUAUUUCUACUCGAAUAUUCGUUGCGCUCUUUGACUACGACCCGCUGACAAUGUCCCCAAACCCUGAUGCUGCAGAGGAAGAGCUGCCGUUUAAAGAAGGACAGAUCAUUAAGGUUUAUGGGGACAAAGAUGCUGAUGGAUUCUAUCGUGGAGAAACCUGUACAAGAAUUGGCCUUAUCCCGUGCAAUAUGGUCUCUGAGAUCCAAGCGGAUGACGAAGAGAUGAUGGACCAGCUCCUCAAACAGGGCUUCCUGCCUCUGAACACGCCAGUCGAGAAAAUUGAAAGGAACAGACGGACCAGCAGACAACAGCCGGUGGCUACGAGGAGGAUGGUGGCCCUGUAUGAUUAUGACCCCCGAGAAAGUUCUCCUAACGUUGACGUGGAGGCCGAGCUGACGUUCUGCACUGGGGACAUUAUCACCGUUUUUGGGGAAAUCGAUGAAGAUGGAUUUUACUAUGGCGAGCUGAACGGCCAGAAGGGGCUGGUUCCUUCCAACUUCCUCGAAGAAGUGCCUGACGACGUCGAGGUCUUUCUCUCGGAUGCGCCCUCGCGAUACGCUCACGACACACCGACCCGUACAAAAGCAAAAAGGGUAAGCAACCAACUAAGAAAAACUUGAUUUUUGUUUUCCAUUCCAUUCUGUUUCAUGCAUCAUUUAGGCAUUACUUUUAACAUCUUAAAUCCAUUUGCCCAUUUAAAAUUGAUUUUCAAAUAUUUAAAAUAAAACAGAAAGAAAACUACUUACCCUUCCACUAGCUCGUUACAUUUUUAACUAAAUUUACCAUUUGAUGACAGUCAUUCAACUAUAAUUUGAGUUUAAGCAGCUUUUCCCUGGUGAAAGUAGUUACUUCCUAUUGCUUCUAAACUAUUCUUACUCUGUGCAAUACCCAGAUGAAAGCAAAAGUUGCUGUGGAUUAAAGACGGGUACAAGCAUCCUUUAAAUGCAAACUGCAACUGCAGGCAGUGCUCAGCUUUGACCCCCGUGUCCUCCUCUUAACUGCCAGGGACUUCUCUUUGAUGAGAGACUAAUCAUGUUUAGAGUAUCUCAUUUUUGGUUUUGUUUCAUCACUGCAAUACUUUUCUAUAUUAUAUAUUUUAUAUAUAUUUUUAUUUCUUUGCUCAUCUGCUUGGAAACAGAAGAAGAGUGUUCAUUUCACACCUUAAUAAGGCAAUGUAGCCUUCACGUAAGUGAGCAACUGAAGAUACCAAUAGAGGUUUCAAUUAAAGCUCCCUGGCUAUCUAAUGCAAGUCUGGAAACUUAAUUGUGGGGGAAACAAAAAAUAAAAAGAGAGAAAAAGAAAUAUGUCUCCAAAAUCCUUGGCCACAGAAGAAGCGGCUGAAUGCUUUUACUAUAUCAAGUCUAUUUAGUAUUUUUAGGAGACAAAUCCUUUAAAAAGGAAUCCUUAGAAAUAAGUCAAUUGGACCUUACUUUCAGAAGGUGUUUGGAACAUAUUUCUUCCUGAGCGAAAUGUUUCUGUUUACAUAGAAAGGCGAGUUUGAUGUCUGCCGACCCUCCCAACAGCUGCAUAUUGCAUUGUUAGCCAACCGGGACGGAAAACUCCCAGCUCUAGAGCAAGAGAAAAGCACAACCACCCAACCUGACCGAGCACCCAACUGAAAGAGGAGCUUUUGCUCGCUGUAGUUUACAUGGGUAUCGUUGGGUUUGAAACUCAUUACCACUUAAUGAGCCACUUAAAUUAUCUGCCUUAAAAUGUGGUUUCCAUGAUUGGUUAUACCCCUGUUUGCCUAAGACCAACUAGUCAACAAUUCUGAAAAAGUCUCUUUGUAUGGUACAGUUUCCUGGGGUUUUCCUACAAAAUGCACAGUUGAAGUAUUACCAAGUGUUUGGUUUACCAAUGCAAUAAAAGUCUCAUAUGACCCAUGCAGCUCACGGAAUGAAUGCAUUAGACUCAAUAUCUGGUAUCUUCAGGUGUACGUUGGGGUGCUUUACCAAGUUGUUUUUGGUUUUUUUUUUGUUUUUUUUCAUUAGAAUUAGACCUUGAUUUAAAAAUCAAAGUAGGCUUGAAGCCCCUUCGCUUAACUCGCUGUUGCACAAGCCAGUGAAGUGCUGAUGUUUUAACUUGCGCUCCACCAGGGACCCUCAGGCAUGGAUUCUACUACAGAAAUAGCAUCUUAACUGCUAGCAUCACGUUGUGCCACCAGGCACUGGACUUAGGAUAGGCCGAGUAGAAGUAGUUUUAGCUUUUUCAUUCAAGUGCUUUUGAUGACUGCAAAAAAAUAUAUAAAAAAAUUAUAAAAAUAGCUGUCUAAAAUAUUUAGGAAUGCUGCCAUCUGUAUCAUACAGGUAUUCACGCCAUUCAGCAAGCCCAUAGCUGCAGCACAUGCAUCCAGCAGCCAGGGUCUUUAAGCUUUCUUUGAUUGCAAUUAAGGUUCAUUUUAGCUUUUUCUUUUCCUUUUUUUUUUUCUUUCUUUUUUCUUUUUGAAGCCAGUGUGCCAUCUCCUCAAAUAUGUACAUAAAGUUCACAGGCCAAUUUUAAAGAAAAGGCAUUUAAAAAAAAUAAGUGAUCAUAUAGCAUCUUUAAGUAAUUUCUUCUGAAAAGAGUUUGGCUCCUAGAGAUUGCUGAUUUGUAGUAAUUAACACAUUUAUUUUCCUAAAUCUACAGCUACAACUGUCCCUCUUCAUUUUUGUACUAUCAGAGUACUGAAAUGCAAAACCAAUUUUGUGGCUUUUGUGGCCUGAACUGUGGCAAACUAAGCGUAUCCUGCUCUUUCUUAAAAAAAAAAAAAAGGCAAAAAAAUGGUAUAACCAAACAGGGCUCUAUUGGCGUGUUUCCUAUUGUCUGCACUUCUUAAAAUUGAUGCAUUUUUCCAUAAGCCCAUACGGUAUUUUAAGCCACAAAAGCAGAAAGGAACCAGACCUUUUGUUAAGUGGGUAAUGGGACAAAUGAUGUUACCAACUUUCUUGAUGCUAACAGCUUUCAAGCUUUCAAACAUUCAAUAAAUGAUAACAAUGUACCUAAUAGGUUCCUCCUGAGAAUACAGGUACAUCCCGGCGAGCACCAUCGCCCACAGUCCAUCUCCAUUCCGGGUCACCUCCAUCACCCGUGGGGCCGGGUGCUCCUGGGAGAGGCAGGGAUAUGGCCUCGAAAAAGAAAAAGGGGCUGCUUUCCAAAGGCAAGAAACUGCUGAAAAGGCUUGGUGCAGUGAAAUGAUUCAUGUGCUCCUGGACAACUUGUAAAGCUUCCAGUCAGUGUGUUUCUUUUAACCGUCCAAACUAGGGCUUUCAUGACUAUGCAGUACAGCUUGACCAAACCUUUGCGUUUUUAACUCUAGCACCAAUAGAGUCAUGUGAAUUGCUUAAUCAAAACAGCAAGAAAAGGAAGUGGAUGUGUUGUUGCAUAUACUUUUUUCUCUAAAAAAAAAAAAAUUAAAAUGUGGGAUUAAGACCAGAAGAACAUGGUUUGAUUUGAAGUCAACUCAGCACCUGCAACUCCAUUGGAUAAAUCUCAGCCUUUGGUCUCCUUAACCAUGAGUGGGGGGAAGAAAACUCUUCACUGAUCCCUGGUUCAGAGAUCACUCCCCUGUAUCUAAUCUUUAUCAUUAACAAAAAUGGUCUUGAAACUCCUAGUUUAAUCAGCCUUGAUGUUUUGCCUUAUUAAUGCACAACGAUUUGUACUGUCUAAUAAAUAUACCACGUAUACUUUGUAUGUACUGUGUAUUCCGCUGUCUUCAUCUUCCUCAGAACAUGGUAAUUUCAGAUCAAGCGCUAUGUUACUGACUCCAUUCAUGUCUGAUGGAACUCUCGGGACUUUGGAAGUGCUGUGCAAAACGCUUUUUUGUUUUCUUUUUUUCCAAACCAAAACCUUGGUAUUGAUUUUUUUUGGUCAACCUUCUCAGUAAACUGCAAUCAGAUCCAGUGUAAGUUAUUCAGAGACUCACACAGCUUCAACCAUACAGCCUCCAGUUCUGGAGCUCCUGGUUCACUGUUCUAAAUUACCACGAAAUAAAAAAGAAUAAUUAAAAAUAACACAAUAAAAAUGUUUACUCCCCGCCUUCUUUUCCCAUGGAGGUACAGGCCUAAGUUAAAAGGCAUUUUCAUAUUGCUGAUGUCAGAUCCAAGAUAAAGUGCGUGUCUAAAGUAAAAACUGUGUUAUAAAAGCCGUAGCCAGUAAAAAGGCUGGAACAGGUGAUAAUCAAGUAUUAAUUGCAAUAUUGGCAUUUCCAUUAAAAAACAAAAUCUAACACAUUGAUGGCAGUCAUUGGCUGUUACUAUUUUGUAAUUCUUGUCCAUUUGUAAAUUGUUUUUACUGUUUAUACAUACUUUUCAGACUGCCUUUCUUUUUGUAAUUUAUGGAAGGUUUAUAAAUGAAUGAUCAAAGCUUCCCCAUUGUGUCUUCAGAGGAUAAUGUAAAUUACUGUAAGAUACUGUGUGCUAGAUUAUAACAUUUAAUUAAAGAAAAUAACUGGCCUAAAUUUGUGGUAAAGUACUGUGUGGGUGUGUGCAUGUGUCCAACCGUUGUGUAUUAUAUUUUAUAUAAAUAAAUUAUUUGAUAUUUUCUA